AUGGCAGGAGAAACAGUUAUUCUGGAUUGCGAAGUGGGUAUAACUCGUGAACCAGAGGCCAGUUUCGACCCAACUGGAAGAGACUUUGAGGCAAGUCAGUCGAAUGUCUUCUGGGUACGAGGUACAAGAUCCACAGGGGGUCUCCAAGAACGUAUAGAAUUCUUCCAUCGAGAUCGUGAUCCUAGAUUUUCUCUUCUGCCUGGGGGUGGGCUACAAAUCAACGGAGUUAUGGUGGAAGAUACAGGUAACUAUACAUGCUUCCUACAGUCUGACCAUGGUCCCUAUAUGCAGUCGAAUUGGACUGCAAGUUUGGUAGUUCUGCCUCCCAGUAGUCAUAUUUCAUUGGCUACAGAGCCUGCGGAACCUCUGUCACCACCCGAGAAUCUUAGAGUUCAAAAUCAAACUGCAAAAUCUGUGACAUUGAUUUGGAGUCCACCUAGCGUCCACGACACGAAUCAGAUAUCAUACUGGAUUGAAAUGUUUCAUACAGCCGAAGCAGAUAUGGGAUGGCAGGUUUUGCAGGAAUCCUGGCUUCGAAAUGCCAUCCGACUGGAACCUCUUCAGCCAAACUCUGCUUAUUACUUUCUGAUCCGACCAAGGUGGAUUGACGGUCGCAUUGGAUGGGCUAGUGCUCCUCUGGGACCUAUCCAAAUUCAGUAUCGUCAGGAUCCAUCGGUAGCCAGUGGACCUGGAUUAAUCAAGUUGCAGGGUUUACAGGUUCAAGUCCUGUCAUCAACUUCAGCUCGUGUUAUUUGGAGUCUUGAGGAUUUACACGAAGUCACUUCAGCGCUGACCGGAUUUUCUGUUCGAUACAAGGAGGUUCCUCUAACUAGGUGCAUUUCGGCAAAUGUCUACGACGCUACCUUUUGUAGCCUGCGUUCAGGAGAGCCCUUAACACAAAGAAUUCAGAUCUACCAACAGCAGCUCAAUACGGCUUCACUGAGGGAUACUCAGGGUGUAUCACUAGUUCCUCAUGAGGAGCCAGAAAUAUUUGCUGAUCUUCCAUUAAAUCGAGACCUUGGAUUUGCCUCCCCUUGGACGACAACUCUUGCGCAUCUAAAACCUUUUCGCUGCUACUCCGUCCUCAUACAACCAGUUUCUCUCUACCCUGUUCAGGCAAAAAAUGAAACGAUUCUGUUUCUUGUACAUGAAGAUGUACCUUCAACACCUCCACAGAUUGUUGGAGUGAAAAAACAGUCAAAUCAUAGUGUGGAGAUUUCAUGGACAGUUCCACCUGCGGAUUCAUGGAACGGUCUUAUUACUGGUUUCGUUGUUUAUGUAUUCAACGCCGCACAAAACGAUAAAAGAGAGCUGAAGUUUCGUUACGGUGAUACUAAAGGUGUCAUAAGUGGUCUCAAAGGUGGUGAGGUCUACCAUCUUCAAAUGACGGCUGUGAAUUGUCGAGGCAGCAGCUCCAAAAGUGUUCCAAUUAAUUUCUCUGUAUCUGAAGGUGGGAUUAUCAGCGACACUUCACAAUCGACAGGUACCACUAGUGGUCUCAUCCAAUUUCAACCCUGGGUAAUUGGCAUUGUAGUUGGUGUCUUGGUGAUUUGGUUGCUUGCAAUGUUCUUUGCUGUCAUAUUCUGCCUUCGGCAGAGGACCCAACCGAAACAGCGGUAUCCAUCAUCUGUUGGAGGAGGAUUUAGUGAAGAAGCGACCCGUAAAUGCAGCGCCGUUGUUGUUUCAAAGGAAGCCUAUAACCUUGUCCCCUUAAUCAAGCCCCAUUCCAUUUCUGGCGGGGUUAGUGAUAUGGAAUGUCCUCAGGGAAGUGAUUCAGCACUGAAAGCGCCCACAACGUCAACUCAACAAAAUACCACUACCACCAUAGCAAGUACAAAUAGCUCUUCAACUGGAGGAAGCUGCAAUCCCAAUAUCAGUCAAGUUCAGCACACUUAUGAAGAGGGCAUCCCCGGCCAGGCAUCAGAGUUCUCCCCGUCUCCAUUCUUUUCCCACAUCCCUACACAACAUAUGGAGUAUCCCUUUGUAGAAUAUCGACCUGCAGAGAUUUCGAACAGCAGUGUCUUCUCAGCCUCAGUUAUUGAAAAUAGUCCAAGCACAAACGGGCUUCCACCGGUUGCGCCAGUGGCUCAGUUGGGGUGCUCGAAUGGAAAUGGUUCAGGAAUGGAUCAUCUGAGUUCUAGCGUUACACCUUACGCUACAGCUUCUCUGAUCAAUGCCGAGGUUCCGCAGAAGGCGUCUGUAGUAUCACCAGGGAGUCGAACACCUUCUGAUAUGUCGUCAAAUGCCGGAGGUUCACAUGUGCCCAUGGUGACGAUGCACAGUCCGCAGAGGUACUCCGUGCGUCCGCAACAGUACAUCUCACGCUCCAGUUCAGGCACAACAACAGGGGCUGAAGAGGACUACUUGUCACACCACCACCAACAACAGCAACAGGUGGCCAGGCGAAAGACUAUUCCAAUGAACGUACCCCCUAAUCCACAGAUUCCACCCACCUUCACUGAGUAUGAACUGUGUAUUCCUCCUCCACCACCACCACCACCACCGCCACCAAUUCCACAGCAUCAGUUGCCGGCUCAAGUUCCCGCAAAUGGUGGCAUACAUGCACCAGUCUUUUGA